UUCUUUGGUGCAUUUAGCAUUAUCAUCGCGUCGAAUUGCGGGCCCUAAUUUCCGCAUAGAUUAUCCCUUUUACAAGUUGGGUACUUGGGUUGCUCUGCACCGAUACCUGAUCGAUGGCAGUGGAAUUGGGGAGACAGACCGAGACAUCCGUCGUUGAUCAGCUAAAUAGAGUCACGGAGAUGGAAAAGCCGGUUGGAAGUCGGCCAGUUUGGGGUGAAAUUGAGCUAGCCGAAAGCUACCUAGUUUGCUCUAUGUUUGAAGAUGCAUCAUCAUCAGCUUCUUCUGUUCUUAAACGUUUAUGUGACAAAGAACACAUCAACACAGUUGUAGAUGAUGAUAUUGAGCUUAAUGACAUGCUUGAAUCAGCUGGUAUGGUGUUUGUGCAGUCCUUGAAGGAACUUGGAAGGACAUUGGAAAUAAUAAGUGAGUUAACUCAGCUGUUCGAUUCACUUGCUGCCAUUCCAAUCCAAGUUUUCCUUGCUGGGGUAUGUUUUCAGAUGCAAGAAGACCCUCAAGGGGCUCAAAAAAAUCUUGAGGAAUUUUUAAGCAAAUGGAGAUUUGUUGAUGAAAAAUAUUAUAUUCUAGCAAGUUUAGAGACAAAAACAAAUACAAAAUCUUAUAUGGAAGGAUGUGGCAAUCGAUUUGUUCUAGAAGUAGAUACAUAUCUUCAAGUUGUUGAGGCAUAUAUAACACUUCUCUCAGGAACUAUAAAAGGCACAAAUCUUGCAAUUUCUUGGGUUGAGAAAGCUGCAUUACCCGAGCAUAUACGCCAGGAGCUUUUACGGCGUUUACAUUCCAUUCACUCUUCCAAGGAUACAGUAUCUCAAGCCUCCACGUCAGCAUUGGUAACCGACGAAAAUGUAACCUCAAGAUCUUCAAAAACCUUGGAAUCCGCGAAACAAAUCGAUGCAAAACAAGCAAUUUUAAGAUAUUCCGGACAACGUGUUCCUACAUUAUGGUGGUUCCGGACCCUUAAUGUAAAGUUUGGUGGGGUCCGGUUUGCAGUAUCAAAUGGAAGUAUCUUGAUCACGAUUUUCAUGCUUCUCACAUACUAUUAUAUGAGGAGGAAGAAAUAUACGAUAACAAGUAUUCUCAAAAAACAGGCCUUGUUUGUGAAGAAAUCUGUGAUAGACUUAUGGCAACUUGCAUUUUCAUACCAAGUAAAUCCAUUAGCUGCAGUUGAACCUCUCAUAACUCGCUAAUUAUAAUGUUAAAUUAUUUGUUUACAACACUUUACUCAAUAAUGUUAAUUAUUUUUAUCAUCCAAAAUCUGCAAUUAAUAACAAUGUACUUUUAUAUAUAGCAUUGUAUUUUUUUUUAUUAGGACAUUAUACUUCGAAAAAUCUAUGCAAUUUUAGUGAAAGUUUGUUUGUA